AACGUGUAUGAGGUGUCCUUGGAUAGCUCUUGAAGUGUAGUUUCAUAAUUGAGUGGUCCUUGUUCGAAGAGAGAGAGCUUAUCAUCCAAAAAUCGAUCUGGAACGAGCAGUGGUCUGUGAACUCGAGCUGUGAGAGUGCUGAGACUGUUUGCUUCAUAUCUCGAGUUAUACACAUCCAAAUAAGGCGUAUAAUAUACCAAAAGAAAUCUCUCAAGACGAGGAAUCCUCGAAGGUCUGGUUUGCAUCAUUCGGAGUAGUGGAAGGCCUCCAAAUCGACCGAGCAAAACACGACCUCGCAGAAUACGUUUUUGUAUUCAAAGAAACGAGUUAACCGGGAAACACCCGUUCUAGGGGCUGUUUUCGUAUCAACGAUUAAGGGUUGAACUAGCACUUUGAGGAGGCUGUUUAACACUCAUAUUUGAGCAAGGAAUCAGUUCCAAAUCCACCUUGACCAAAGCUUUGACCGUUGGACCAAGAAGGGAAAGUUUAAAGCUCAAUUGAGGUUGAGGCUAGAGCUUGCUUCCUGUGCUCGUUGCUCGAGAGAUCAUAUAGGAGGGAAGACUUGGUUCGUGCUUCCUCCAUUCUGUUUUUAAACCUUCCUAAACGUGCUCAUGGAUAUUUUACUAUGGAGCCUGCGUGCUCAUGAAAUGCCUUGUGUGGCCUUUUGUUUUAAACAAUGUUUCCGCUGCGUUAUGAAUUACUUAUUAUGUUUGUUUAUGGAUGUGUAUGUGUGAAUGAUACUCGAGACGCCUUGUAUAAUAUGAAUGUGUUGGACUGCGGUUGACUAUUCGUAUUGUACGGCGGGUUGUUGACGUGUCCGGAUAGGUCCGGGGCGUGACAAUUAAGUUGGUAUCAGAGACCUUAGUCCAUAAACUUCAUAAUGAAGUCUCAAAAUUCUCUUUUUGAAAAGAUUUUGAAAACCAUGAGCAUAGAAGUUUUGUACUUGGAGAGCUUUUGGUACUUGGGUUGCAAGGUCUCUAACUGUUAAGAUGGUACCCUUAGCAAUUGGUAUGGCGGUGACUCGAGCCAAAAUGUGUCUUAAGUACCUAUCCGUCAAUUGACAUUUGAUACGAGUCUAACGACUCUUUCCAAAUUUCUUUCAGAAAUGGACCGUGGUGGCAGGAUUACUAGGAGAAACCCGACCGGCCGUGUACCAGUGGAGACUGGACAGGGCAGUCGAAGGACCUCUAGGGCAUCUAGAGGAGCUGGCCGUGGAGGCCGGUCACAGACCGUGAGUGACGGUCAUGUUGACACAGAAAGUGAAACCUACUGGUCCUAUGAGGACUCGACUUACCAACCGGAAACCGAGCCGAUUGAGACCCCUUACGAAGGGGAUGACGAUGAUGUAAGUGAUGAAGAGGGGGAGAAUGACUCCCUAGCAAGAAUUGAGGCGCUACUCCAACAGUAUCACCGUGAGCGUGAAGAGAGGAGGGAACGCCGAAGGCGCCGGGCUGGGCAACCUUCGGGCAUGGCUUCGAGAGGAGGAAGUCAUGGUGCAUCUAGAGUCCAUGUGGAACCACAUGGAGGCCGAAAUGAUGGAGGUCCAACCAUAAGGAUCUCCAAAUUUAUCAAAGAAGCAAGAGAUUUGGGGUGCAAACCCUUUGAUGGAGCAGGGGACAUUUCAGUUGCAGCACAAUGGAUCAAGAGGCUAAAUGAAGCAGCCCUUGACAUGCAAAUCGCGCCGAAUCUCAAACUGAGAAUUGCGGUAAGAUUGCUCGAGGGGAUGGCAUCCAAGUGGUGGGAUGGAACCAAGAGCAAGUACGGUGAAACCGUCGUUUGGGAGGACUUCCAACGGGAGUUCUUUGCCCAAUAUUAUUCCGAUUUUGAAGUAAACAAGAAGGUGAGGGAAUACACCCUCCUAACCCAGGGGGGGUAACAUGACAGUGAAGGAACUUGAGUACAAGUUCCGGGACCUCGCCGACUACAUACCGGAGUAUGCUUGCGACGAGAACCGAAUGGUAAACCACUUUUGGGAUGCUCUUGACUUGGAGAUACGUGAUAGGGCAACACAAUUGCCUAAUAUGACCUUCGCCCAAGUGGUUGAUCAAGCGUUGAAGGGGGAGAAGCAGUGGGAGGAGAGGAAGAAGAGAGACGCCGAGGAGGUGAAAAAGAGAAAAUGGGAGAGCCAUGGCUCCCAAGGUUCCAACAAAAAGGGGAACCAUGGAGGAGGAUCUUUCCGGGCACCGCCGCCACCGUCUAGGGGGAAUCAAGGCCCGAGUGGGCAAGGCUCGAGGUCACAAACCUCGGUGGUAACUCGUUGCAACAAUUGCAAGAGGAACCACUCCGGUAAAUGUCGCGACCCCCCUAGAUGUUUUCAAUGUGGGGAUGCCGGGCAUUUGAAGGCGCAUUGCCCACAAUUGGGUGGGACAAGGACAUCGGGACCGAGCAGUGGCCCGACGGGUACACGGAAUCAAACCGGAGCUUCUCAAGCGAGCCGGGGACAUGGGGGAGCGAGUACGAGCAACGCGCCAUCCGUGAAUCAAGGAAGAACUCAAGCUAGAGUUUAUGCGAUGACGGAGGCGGAUGCUCGAGCUAACCCGGACUCGGUUGCAGGUAUUGCCUCUUGCACAAUUGUAUUUUGUCCAUAUUUAAUCCAUAAAUUGAUGACAUAAGUCAUAGGGAUUGAGUGUGAGCCAUUACGGGGUCAAACGGCGAAAUUCGGGCCAAAACUGACCAAAAACAGGGACGCACGAUCGUGCGUCCAACCCCACGCACGAUCGUGUGUAGGGGACAGUGGUUCCAGGUGAAUUUCGCGCAGGACGCACGACCGUGCGUGCCGGUACGCACGCCGUGCGUGGACGCACGAUCGUGCGUGGCCGGGUACGCACGAUCGUGCGUAACCGGCAGUGGUCGGAUUCGACGUUUCUUCACGCACGCACGACCGUGCGUGUCCCACGCACGACCGUGCGUGGACCCCAGCCGCCCGAAACACGAGUUUUUCAUCCCGUUCUUCUAUGAUUGGACCCCCGUUUGAUUCCGAACAUUUAUAUGAACCUAUUAACCUCCUAAAAAGUGUCCUAAACCAUUAGAAAAGGUAUCUUACGUGGUGUAUAAAUGUAGGAACAUUAAAGAUUAAUGGGAAGGAUGCACGAAUCCUUAUCGAUACCGGGGCGCAACGUUCGUUCGUGAGUGAGGCGUUCGCCGAGGACUUAGGGGUACAAUCAACACCAAUGACACAAACCUUAGUGGUAUCAACCCCACUAGGGGAAGACGUUGAAAGAAACGAUUACUAUCCAUCUUGUAUGGUGGAAAUCGGUGGCCAAACCUUGACGUGUGAUUUCGUACCGCUGAGUAUGAUGGAGUUCGAUGCAAUCCUAGGGAUGGAUUGGCUAGAAAAGCAUCAUGCUAGGGUAGAUUGCUACACAAAGGUGUUGGAACUCGAAGGCACACAGGGGGACACCCUACGCUUCGAGGGGGACCGCGGCAAAUCAAAUAGUUGUAUCAUAUCCGCCGUGAGAGCGAGAAAUAUGAUGAGGAAGGGAUGC